AUGAUUUCCUCUGCCUUCCGUUCCACCUUGAGAUCUAGGGCCUUGGUUGCUCCAAGACUCGCUGCCGCACAGGUGGUGAGAAUGUCUAUUCCUCAAAUUAGAAUGUACUCCAGUCACGAACACAAGGAAGAGACCUUCGAGGAGUUCACUGCCAGAUACGAGCAGGAAUUCGAGGACGCCUACGACUUGUUCGAGGUUCAGAGAGUCUUGAACAACUGUUUCUCCUACGAUUUGGUUCCUUCCCCUUCUGUUAUCCAGAAGGCUUUGGAGGCUUGUAGAAGAGUCAACGACUACCCAACUGCUGUGAGAACCUUCGAGGCCUUGAAGCACAAGGUUGAGAACAAGGAACAGUACCAAGCUUACUUGGACGAAUUGAAGGAAACCAGACAGGAGUUGGGCAUUGACUUGAAGGAGGACUUGUACUCCGACGCCUAA